UUUUCCCGUGUCAACCAGCUUGUCUGAAGCUGCAGUGUUGUUGUUGCUAGCGCUUUAGCCGCUGCUCUGCUCUUGUCAUGUCACUAACGGCACAUUUACCGUAAACACACUGUCACAAACGAACAUUGUUUUUAAGCGUUCGCCUUUGUGGAGGGGUAAGAAGAUAAAGCUGUGGCCGGGGAGCCGAAAAGUGAGAUGAAAUGACAACGUCGACACUACAGAAAGCGAUUGAUCUCGUCACCAAAGCCACAGAGGAGGACAAAGCGAAGAAUUAUGAGGAGGCUUUGCGAUUGUACCAGCAUGCUGUGGAAUACUUCCUGCAUGCCAUCAAAUAUGAGGCCCACAGCGACAAGGCCAAGGAGAGCAUACGAGCCAAGUGCAUGCAGUACCUGGACAGAGCGGAGAAACUCAAAGACUAUCUGAAGAACAAAGACAAGCAGGGCAAGAAGCCCGUCAAGGAGGCACAGAGUAAUGACAAGAGCGACAGCGACAGUGAGGGAGAAAACCCAGAGAAGAAGAAACUGCAGGAGCAACUUAUGGGUGCCAUUGUGAUGGAGAAGCCCAACGUAAGGUGGAAUGACGUUGCCGGCCUGGAGGGAGCAAAAGAAGCUUUGAAGGAAGCUGUUAUCCUGCCCAUCAAGUUCCCUCACCUCUUCACAGGCAAGCGGACUCCGUGGAGAGGCAUCCUUCUGUUCGGUCCUCCAGGGACGGGGAAGUCCUACCUGGCCAAGGCCGUGGCCACCGAAGCCAACAACUCCACCUUCUUCUCCGUGUCCUCCUCUGACCUCAUGUCCAAGUGGCUGGGAGAGAGCGAGAAGCUGGUGAAGAACCUGUUCGAUCUGGCGCGUCAGCACAAACCUUCGAUCAUCUUCAUCGACGAAGUGGACUCGCUGUGCGGCUCCAGGAACGAGAACGAGAGCGAGGCGGCGCGCCGCAUCAAGACAGAGUUUCUGGUCCAGAUGCAAGGUGUUGGCAACAAUAACGAUGGUAUUUUGGUGCUUGGAGCCACCAACAUCCCCUGGGUGCUGGACGCUGCCAUUCGCAGAAGAUUCGAGAAGAGGAUCUACAUCCCUCUCCCGGAGGAGCCGGCCCGGGCCCAGAUGUUCCGACUUCACCUUGGCAACACGCCGCACAGCCUGAGCGACGCCGACCUCCGCGAGCUCGCGCGCAAAACGGACGGCUACUCGGGCGCCGACAUCAGCAUCAUCGUUCGGGACGCGCUCAUGCAGCCGGUCAGGAAGGUCCAGUCGGCUACUCACUUUAAAAAGGUUCGUGGUCCGUCCCGAAGCAACAACCAGGUGAUGGUGGAUGACCUCUUGACCCCGUGUUCCCCUGGAGAUCCUGCAGCCAUAGAAAUGACCUGGAUGGAUGUGCCUAGUGAUAAGCUACUGGAGCCCAUAGUUUGCAUGUCGGACAUGUUGCGCUCUCUGUCCACCACGCGUCCCACAGUCAACACUGAAGACCUGAUGAAGGUGAAGAAGUUCACAGAGGACUUUGGGAUGGAGGGUUGAGGGAUGCCGGCCCCGGAGGCUCAGACCUGCUCCCAGUAACGCCACUCCUCUUCGUCCUCCUCCUCCUCACCGCUGUGUAGGCUUCCAUCUCUCAGACUGGUUGACAUCCUCCUGAUCUGACGUCUGUUAAAGCAGGCCACGAUUAUAGAACAUCCGAAGGACGUUUUCCAAAUGCCACAUUAGACAAAUCUGUGUGGUUUUUUUGUUUUUUUUGGUAGUUGGACAGUAGAUCUCAUGUCUCUCGCCCUCAUUUCUGAUGAUGUAACCCUGCAGAAUCUUCACUACAUGAACUCGGCUGCAUUUUACGCUGGGAAACGCUCCAAGUCCGCCCCCCCUUCGCCCGAACCCACCCACUCUACGACUGAAGGACUGUACGUUUUGUCGCCGUCGUGCACUUUGCUUUGGAUCCACAUGAAGGACCCUGAUGACUGAAGGUGAAGCAGAAGUUUCUAAUUUCCACCAGGCAUGCAAGCGUGUGAAUGCAUCUCAGUGUUUUUAUUGUUAAACGUGCGUGUCUUAAUGUUUCUGUUUAAAUGUCAGGAGCCGGUUGUUCGCGUAUUUAAUGUUGAAGCGUGUCUGGCUCAGGCCUGCAGCAGCAGGCUGGUAGCAAUCUGACCGAAGUGUUUUACACAAGAGAUGUGCCUGACUGGGAGAAAAACACCUCUAGUUUAAAUUAUUCCUAAUCCUAGGAUGAAAAAUGGAAGGAUUUUCUGGUCUUCUUUUGUCACGUUGUAACAAAUCAAAAUAUUUGAACGCUAAAUUUAAAGCAGAAAAAAAGUUCAUUCGUUUUAGCUUUAUCAAUGGAAUAAUAAUUAUUUUUCUGCAGAUUGAAUUUUUUUUUUUUUUUGAGAUUCAGUUUUAUUUAAAAUCCAUUCUCAUUUAAUUUUAACAGGAAAAAAAGGAGAAAUCACUUUGAAAUUUUGGCGUUUUGCCUGAAAAAUGUCCCGAUUCUUCAGUUUAUCCGAUCAGACCUUUUCUGGCCUAUAGGAAUUUCUGGUGGCACAUUUUUCCCCGUAAAGAUUAUACAGCAGAGUUGAUGGAGGUCAUAGUUUUAAAUUAAGGUUUCACAAAUUCCAUAAAAUAUGAUAUUAGGUUUGAACCCAAAUCUUCCAGACACUUUUCUUUCUUUACCUUUUACACACAGACCUCAUCACUCUGUGAGUUUUAUUUUGUUUCUGACAACAAAAACGGAAGAAUGAGAGUCCACCCAGCUCAGAUAAACACGGAACGAAAGCCAGAAACGUUAAAGAUAAAAUCCUACCAAUGAUUGCUUCCGACAGGUGCGAUUGCCGAUAUUGCGAAGACAAUUUGAAAUAUCAUGCAGCUCUACUUUGAAUCCUACGAUUUUCCAGAAUUUAGGCAUAAAAAUCUGAUAACGUUUUUACUUUACGCAUUAAGCAAGAAAGUUGAAAAAAUUUAGUUUUUCACAAAUUGACCUGCAGAUCAAUGGGGGAAAAAGUGAAAAAUUCUGAUUUUUCUGAAUAAUUGAGGCAUUUUGAGGUCAAACUCAAAAUAAUCUAAUUUUGACAAUUAAAAUUUAAAGACUAUAAAAGAGAAAUCUUUAAUUUGGAAAUAAUCUGAAGCAGUCAUUAGGUAUUGCAGUUACCGUUUGGGGUAACAAAUGCCAAUGUUUUUACAUUUUGGAUAAAAUAUUUAAUUGCAUCUCAUUACAGCUGAACCAAAAACAAUCACUUGAUUUUUAAAACCUUGUUAACGCCCAUGAAGGAGACCCAGUCCGGCACAUCUCUGAGAUUUCCCUGCACAUGUAGUGUUAACUUUAUUUAUGAUUAUUCAUCACCUCGGUAGAGAAACAGUAUGUUUACAUUUGAAGUAUUACCUUUCUUGCUGAUUUAGCACCUUUGAAAGGCCUAAUUGAUUUUUUGGGGUUUUUUUUUUUUGCUUUUUGGGAGAAAAAUCCACACUAAUUUUCCUUUGAGAUGCUGUCGUCUAGUUUGUUUUCAGUCAUCUUGGUUGCUAGGAGAGCAGCUGGACGUCUUCAUCGACUCUGACAUCAGGACUCCAAGCUCCGUGUGUUCUGACUGAGCGAUGUGGUGAAUUGAUAACUCAGCGCUACAGUAGUACAGCUCUGUGUUUGUCCAGGUACCUUCUGGUUCAGUGGGAGCUUAGUUAACAAAAUCCCUGGUGUGGGGAAAUAACCUGCUGCUGGCUGUGUAACCAUUACAACUAAUUUAACCAGAGUUAAUAAAAACUGACAUUUCAAAUGAA